AUGUCUUUAGAUCGCAACGAAAUCAAAAAAUACAAAGAAUCAAUCCCAUUUCAAGUCCGCAAAGCCUCAUAUGACAAAAUGAUGCAAGAUAACCCAGGCAAGUAUCCAGCUGUUUUAUUAAAAGGGAAUAAUUGCAAAUACAAUAUUCCUCUUCACAAGUAAUUCAUAUUCAGGUUCGCGCUAGAAGGCUCAAUGACAAUGGGCACUUAUCUCUAUACAGUUCGGAGAUAUUUCAAGCUUUCUUCAAAACAAGGUGUUUAUCUUUACCUUUGUGACACUCUGCCAAUGCUCAAUGCAAAGAUCUCUGAGCUGCAUCAACGGUGUGCUGAUGAAGACGGGUGCCUUUAUUUUGUCCUGACUCAUCAAGAAGAUAAAGGCUAG